GUGCUGCUGGUCUGGCGCCAGUUCCUCCCGUAUGGUCUCCGCCAGGAUUUCCCUUAUUCUGCCGUGGACAUCCAUCUGGAACGGAAGUCUCGUUUACCAUGCUCACCGCGGCAGCAGUCAGGACUGCCCAAGUUGCGGACUUCCACCCAGAACGGCGUGGUCCCCGCCACUGAGGACAGAGGGCGACUUUUAAAAGAUGAAAACGUCUGGGUAAAAACUCCAGAAAUACUCUCUACUGGCUGCGUACCACCGCCGCUGCCCUCCGCUCGCAACGCUCGGCCACAGCGAGUCUCCCGGGCGCGGGGCAGCAGGCUCGGGGCGCAGCCGCGGAGCGCGAGGCCGGAGCAGGCAGCUGCGGACAAAGCCCGGCGACGGGCGCUCGGGGGACACGGUCGCUGGGGCCCGACUCGACGCUUCCCACGGGACCCCCGGCCCCCGGUUCCCGCCCUCGGCCCCGGCGCCCACCUUGCUCAGCUGCUGCUGGAUGAGCUGCUUCAGCUCGGAGGCUUUCUCCGGAGGCAGCGACAUGCCAGCGGCCGCCCUCGGCGCCAGGCGCCCCGGCCCCGCCGCAGCGCCGCUCUCACACUGCGCGAAGCUCCCGGGGGCCGACGCCGCGUCAGCCCGGCGGGGCGGGAACGGGCCGCGACGGCGCCAACUGUUUUCAAACGAGCGGACGCCGAGGCCCCAGGCUGCCCCUGCACCGCCUGCCCCUGCACCGCCUGACCGCCCGCUGCGCGCCCGAGCCCCGCACCACUUCCUCCCGCCCGCGCACCGGCGGGCUCUGGUCAGCCCUAGAGAGGCGCCGAGGGAGUGGAAGGACCCCGCGCCGCGCGGCAUUGUGGGCCGCGCCCGGGCGCUCGCGCUGUGCGUCCGCGGACUCAGUUCCGGAUUCCGGGGUCCUCCCCGAGGCCCUGGUCCUCCUCACGCCAGGGCCACGCUCCCUCCCCUGCCGCGACCAUGUUCGUGCCCUGCGGGGAGUCGGGCCCCGACCUCUCCGGCUGCACCCUGCUGCUGCCAGCGGUAUCUGUUGGAAAUGUUGGCCAGCUUGCAAUAGAUCUGAUUAUUUCUACACUGAACAUGUCUAAGAUCGGUUACUUCUAUACUGAUUGUCUGGUGCCAAUGGUUGGAAAUAACCCAUAUGCAACAGCAGAAGAAAAUUCAACAGAACUCAGUAUAAAUACUGAAGUAUAUUCAUUGCCUUCAAGAAAGUUAGUGGCUCUUCAGUUAAGAUCUAUUUUUAUUAAGCAUCAUCGCCGCCCCACAGAGAAUCAGCAUUUACUGACUCACUCGGCAAUUUCAUCCCGUGUAUUGGACAUCCAGAUUGUGCACAUAGUGCCCUUCGGUACUGGACCAGGCAAGUAUAAAUCCAGCUCAUUCUGUGAGAAACUCCUUUCCUGGGUGAAAAGUAGCAGCUUUGCCAGAGUUAUUGUUCUUUCGAGCAGUCACUCAUACCAACGAAACGACCUACAGCUUCGCAGCACUCCGUUUCGGUACCUGCUUACACCUUGUAUGCAAGACAGUGCUCAGAAUGAAAUACAGAGCCUUAACUGGCAAGAAAUGGAAAAAACCCCAUGCAUACCAGAAAUGAGUGAUUCUGAUUACUGUGUCCGGAUUCCAGGCGGAGGGAUCACGAGAACACUCUACCAAGAGAGCUGCUCUAAAGAAAUCCCAAUGGCCGUGCUGCUGAAGUUUGUUUCUGAAGGUGACAACAUCCCGGACGCGCUGGGGCUCGUUGAGUACCUUAACCCACACCAUCCACCUUGCCAUGGAAAAUACCGAGUUCUUGGAAAUUACUCUUUGGCAGUGGUCUUCCCCCUGCACUUUUUUGAUCUGCUUUCACCUUUAGGUAGUGUCCUGAGACACUACAAACACAACUGUUAAAUAUUCUAUAUAAAACUUUGUGCUAUCCAAAAAUACAGUAGGACAAAGAUACUUUAAACAGAAAAUGUAAAAAAAUGGAUUAACAGAAGGUCUUUUCCCAUCAUCUACAACAGAUCUAAAACUUGUACAAUAAAAUUUUAUUUCCUAAGUAA